GGGUUUUGCUUUCAGCCAAACCAAUCAAACCCCCUUUUUAUAUCUCUGUUUCUAUCGCUCGACAAUCGAGCUCAAAUACAGCUGAUUAGUUUCCUUUCUUAAAUCUUCUAUUUUCAAGGGGUUUGUGAGAAGAAGAUAAGCUUCUCCUUAAUAUUUUAACGGAUUUGAUCAAGCCGAUAAAAAAGGUUACGUCCGGUAUGGAAAAUGAAAGUUCUAAUGUCUCACGAGCCGGAGAAAUAAAAAAUCUAGCUAAUGAAGCAUUUAAAGCGCACAAAUAUGGUCUGGCUAUUGACUUGUACACACAGGCGAUAGAGCUUAAUAGUCAGAAUGCAGUAUACUGGGCCAAUCGUUCAUUUGCUCACGCCAAAUUGGAAGAGUAUGGUAGUGCCAUACAGGAUGCUACUAAGGCAAUUGAAGUGGAUCCUAAAUAUUCAAAGGGUUAUUACAGAAGAGGUGCUGCUUAUCUUGCAAUGGGGAAGUUUAAGGAAGCAUUGAAGGAUUUUCAACAGGUCAAAAGGAUUUGUCCCAAUGAUGCAGAUGCUACCAAGAAAUUAAAGGAGUGUGAGAAAGCAGUAAUGAAAUUAAAAUUUGAAGAAGCAAUUUCUGUACCCGAGUCUGAGAGGCAUUCUGUAGCUGACUCUAUAGACUACCAUACCAUAAAUGUGGAGCCAAAAUAUUCAGGUGCAAGAAUAGAGGGGGAUGUUGUUACUUUGGACUUUGUUAAGAAAAUGAUGGAAGACUUCAAGAACCAAAAGUGUUUGCACAAAAGAUAUGCAUUCCAGAUUGUCUUGCAAAUGAGAGAAAUGUUGCGGGCUCUGCCGUCUCUUAUUGAUGUUAAUGUUCCUGAUGGCAGUCUUUUAACUGUCUGUGGUGAUGUGCAUGGUCAGUUCUACGAUCUGAUAAAUAUUUUUGAGCUUAAUGGUCUCCCUUCAGAAGGGAAUCCGUAUCUCUUUAAUGGUGACUUUGUGGAUAGAGGAUCUUUCUCUGUAGAGGUCAUUCUCACACUAUUUGCAUUCAAGUGCAUGUGUCCAUCAGCUAUUUAUCUUGCUAGAGGCAACCAUGAGAGUAAGAGCAUGAACAAGAUAUAUGGUUUUGAGGGUGAGGUCAGGUCCAAGCUGAGUGAGACAUUUGUGGAACUCUUUGCCGAAGUAUUCUGUUAUUUGCCUUUGGCUCAUGUAAUAAAUCAAAAGGUUUUUGUUGUUCAUGGGGGCCUUUUCAGUGUUGAUGGGGUGAAACUCUCCGACAUUAGGGCAUUAGAUCGAUUUUGCGAGCCUCCCGAGGAAGGGUUGAUGUGCGAAUUACUUUGGAGUGAUCCACAACCUUACCAAGGACGAGGCCCUAGCAAAAGGGGAGUAGGUCUUUCUUUCGGUGGAGAUGUGACAAAAAGAUUCUUGGAGGAUAACAAUCUAGAUUUAGUUGUGAGGUCUCAUGAAGUGAAAGAUGAAGGUUAUGAGAUCGAGCAUGAUGGUAAACUUAUUACUGUUUUUUCUGCGCCAAAUUACUGUGAUCAGAUGGGUAACAAGGGUGCAUUUAUUCGGUUUGAAGCACCUGAUUUAAAGCCAAAUAUUAUUACAUUCUCAGCAGUGCCUCACCCUGAUGUCAAACCAAUGGCCUACGCAAACAACUUCCUCCGUAUGUUCCAAUAGUUCUACUCUACCUCUCAGUGAAGUUUUUGCCACAUAGUGGCACAAUGUUUCGCUAUACAAUGUCUCUCUUCUGCUCGGUUGUAUGAUUUUCCGCUCGGUAAAAGUGCCAAGUUUGUUCCUGUCCACGAGGCAGCUGGAGAAGUAAAUGUCCGUUAUGGUUUCUGUGUUAUUGUUUCUUUUUUGUUUGAAGGAUUUCAGGGCUGGGGUCUCUCGUUUUAAUCAAAUCGAAAAGGUCAGUUAAAAGGUGGGGCAUGGGCAAAGAUUGCUCUGCUUGUUGGAUUGUAACAUAGGCGACCUCUUCUCUCUUACUCUUUUGUAUACAUUAGUGUUUUAUACUUUGGGAAAAUUUGAAUAAAA